UUCCUUUCGUAUCGUCCCGGAUGACAUGGGAAACACUGGAAGUCUGGAUGUGCAGACGAGUUUGAGUGGUCAAACCAUGCCGCUGAAAUUGCCAAUGCCCGAACAAUGCGACCUGGAGGAGAGAUUUGCGAUGGUUUUGAAUUCGAUGAACCUGCCUCCAGAUAAGGCACGGCUCCUACGACAGUACGACAACGAGAAGAAGUGGGAUCUCAUCUGUGAUCAGGAACGAUUUCAGGUGAAGAACCCUCCACACACGUACAUCCAGAAACUCAAGAGCUACCUCGACCCAGGAGUCACCAGGAAGAAGUUCCGCCGCCGGGUGCAGGAGUCGACGAAAGUGCUGCGUGAGUUGGAGAUCUCGCUGCGCACCAACUACAUUGGAUGGGUUAGAGAGUUUCUAAACGAUGCAAACCAGGGCCUCAACGUGCUGGUUGACUACCUGUCCUUUGCACAGUGUGCGGUCAUGUUUGACAUUGACCUUGUGGAGAAUGGUGAUGAUGGGGCACUCGACAAACCCAAACCCUGGGGCAGGUCUAUAGAAGAUUUACAUCAGAGCAAUGUCCUGCCCCUGGCUUUCAGCAACAGCCUGUCUCGCUCUGCCCGGCAAUCUAUCCUACGCUACAACACACUGCCCGACAGGAAGUUUCUGAAGAAUUCCAGGCUUGUGUGUCAGAAGGAUGAUGUCCAUGUGUGCAUCAUGUGUCUACGGGCAGUAAUGAACUACCAGUACGGCUUCAAUUUAGUUAUGUCCCACCCACACGCCGUCAAUGAAAUCGCACUUAGCCUGAACAACAAGAACCCCAGAACCAAAGCCCUGGUACUGGAGCUACUUGCGGCCGUCUGUCUCGUGAGAGGAGGGCACGAGAUCAUUCUCUCCGCGUUCGACCAUUUCAAAGAGGUGUGCAAAGAAAAGCAUCGCUUCGAGAACCUGAUGGAAUAUUUUCGCAAUGAAGACACCAACAUAGAUUUCAUGGUGGCGUGCAUGCAGUUCAUCAACAUCGUGGUCCAUUCUGUGGAGGACAUGAACUUCCGGGUCCACCUGCAGUUCGAGUUCACCAAGCUGGGCCUGGACGAGUUCCUGGAGAAAUCCAAGCACACGGAGAGUGAUAAGCUGCAGGUUCAGAUCCAGGCCUACCUGGACAACGUGUUUGACGUGGGUGGUCUACUGGAGGAUGCCGAGACCAAGAACGCAGCCUUGGAGAAGGUGGAUGAACUGGAAGAACACAUGUCGCACUUAGCGGAGAAGCUUCAGGAACUGGAGAAUGAAAACAUGAUGAGGGUGGCAGAACUGGAAAAGCAGUUGCUCUAUCAAGAUAACGAACUGGAAACGAUUAAGGAAACCUACAAAGAUGCCAGCAGCCAGGUGCACACUCUGCGGAAGAUGAUCAAGGAGAAGGAGGAGGCUUUCCAGCGGCAGUUUCACCUGGGGAGGCAGAUGGCGGGACUGCAACACGGACUCCUGGCCGACUGUCCGGAUGGAGACCCUUCUCUGCUGUCUCGCUCUUCCAUGGACUUUGAGCUGAUUCCAAGCGUUCCUCCUUCUCCCACGCCUCCAAUGCCUCCUCCUCCACCACUGGCCCCACCACUACCAGGUCAAGUCCCUGCACCGCCCCCACCACCCAGCGCUCCUCCAUUACCUGGUAGCUCGCUGUCGGCUAUCCUCAGCCAUGGAUUGUCAGCCAUUCGGAUCAAGAAAGCAAUUAAGACAAAAUUCCGUUUGCCGGUAUUUAACUGGAUGGCACUCAAACCCAAUCAGAUCAACGGGACGGUCUUCACUGAAAUCGAUGACGAGAAGAUCUUGGAGGAGCUUGACCUGGAUGAAUUUGAAGACCUCUUCAAGACGAAAGCCCAGGGACCCUCCAUUGAGGUCUCCUGUCAGAAAAGCAAAAGUGCGCAGAAAGCGCUGAGUAAAGUGAUGCUGCUCGAAACCAACCGAGCAAAGAAUCUCGCCAUUACACUGCGCAAGGCUGGCAAGACAACUGAAGAGAUUUGCAGGGCCAUUCAAAUGUACGAUUUGAAGACCUUGCCCCUGGACUUUGUGGAGUGUUUGAACCGUUUCCUGCCUCUGGAGAAUGAGGUGAAGCUGCUGAAGCAAUAUGAGAAGGAGAGAAAGCCACUGGACGACCUGUCCAACGAGGAUCGCUUCAUGAUGCACUUCAGCAAAAUCGAGCGCCUCGCACAGCGCAUGACCAUAAUGACCUUCGUUGGCAACUUCGCCGAAAACAUCCAGAUGUUGAAUCCGCAAUUGAAUGCAAUAAUAGCAGCCUCGAUGUCUAUCAAGACCUCACAGAAGUUGAAGGCUAUGUUGGAGAUUAUCCUGGCGCUGGGUAACUACAUGAACAGUAGCAAACGUGGAGCUGUGUAUGGCUUCAAACUGCAGAGCUUGGACCUGCUCUCAGACACCAAAUCGACGGAUCGGAAGCUGACCCUGCUGCACUACAUUGCGAUCGUCGUGAAGAGGAAGUACUGCAACAUCGCCACCUUCUGGAACGAGCUGCAUUACAUCGAGAAAGCCGCAGCAGUUUCGUUGGAAAAUGUCCUGUUGGACGUAAAGGAGAUGGGCCACAACAUGGAACUGGUGAAACGGGAGAGCAAUAAGCAUGAGCAUAACCUGGUGCUGAAGGAUUUCCUGUCAAUAAAUGAAGGGAAGUUGGAAAAACUGCAACGAGACUCCAAAACUGCGCAGGAAGCCUACAACAAAGUGGUCGUGUAUUUUGGAGAAAGUGCCAAGACGACCCCCCCAUCCGUGUUCUUCCCAGUCUUUGUUCGCUUUGUGAAGUCCUACAAGGAAGCGGAGCAGCAAAACGAGCUGCGGAAAAAGCAGGAGCAAGCUUUGAGAGAGAAGAUGCUUGCUCAGGAAGCCAAACUUCAGCAGGAGCAGAAGUCUCCCUGCCCCAGGAACAAGCGGCAGCACCAGGAGCUCAUUGCCGAGCUGCGGAGGCGGCAGGUGAAAGAACACCCGGCUGUGUAUGAAGGCAAAGACGGGACCAUUGAAGACAUCAUCACAGUGCUGAAGAGUGUGCCCUUCACAGCCCGGACUGCCAAACGAGGCUCUCGGUUCUUCUGUGAAACGACGUUAUGUGAUGAGUCCAACUGUUAACGUUUCUGCCGUUUACAGACUCCAAUUGCGACAGGUCUUGGAAACCGACCGUACUGGCGCGCAGACGCGGUGAUGCGUCACGCAUGGAAACACCUCUGAAGAAAGGACUUGGGUGGGAUUGGGUGAGAUUGGAGGGGUGGGGGGUGGGGGGGAGGGGGCGGGGGGGAGGGGGAGGGGAGGAAUUGAAGUUACAAACAAAACCAGUGUUCCAGUCAUAAGAAUGUUCCUUUGACGAGCGUCUUGGGAUGGACAUUCCAUUUGCUCUGAUGCCACUCUGGAACAAGGAAAUUCCUGAGCGCGUAUCUUCUUAUCCACUACGCACGGCGCGGUGGAGAAAACCGCGGAGGGAGCGGGGCAAGGACAUCGCGCUCCGUCUCGACACGGGCCGGGGGAGUCAACUUGGAACCAAUCCACGGAACCUGCCCGCUGCCUCAACAAGUGAAAGUGCCCCUGCAACACAUUGAAAAUGCCACCUCUCUAAUCAUUGCAGGAGGUCGGGUGGGAAGAUAGCAUCUUUCAAUAGGAUAGAGGAAACUCAAAGAGAAGUUUUGUCCAUCCAGUCAGAGUUGGAACGCCUUGAACAUUGAAUGCCUUUCCACGUCAGUGUUAUGAAGUAUUUUUUUACUGUGCCUGUAGUCUUGAUUAAUUUAAGACUUUUAUUCUGAUGUUACUGUAGAAUUGGCCUUCUGUGCUAACUCCAAAGUAACCUAUGCCACCUGUUAUUGCUGGAGUAAAAUGCCAGCAGCUUCCUGUGGCAGAGGCGUUGGCAGAGAUUUGCCUGUGUUGCUUAUACUAAGUGCAUGAUGUUUCAAAGACUGUGCCUUAACACUGAGGCAUUUUAGAAAUGGUGUUGAAUGCACAAACAUGGCUAUAUCUUAGCAUAAGCAACGCAAGGCAAGAAUGUCCUCCUUGCCUUUUCCCCGCAUGGAUUUUAAAUCCCCGUGGAGUUUCAGAGCAUUUCUAGCUAUAAGCCCUCAGUGUUUGGGUUCACUUGGGAACCACAUAUAGAACAGCAAUGAAGGCUCCAGAUACGCUUGCAUCUUAUGGGAAGGGAAGAUUUUGAACAAAGGAACAAUAAUUUUCACGGAAAAGUAAUCAUGGAAAAGUAAUGCGUACACGGUCUAUCCAGACAUGAAUGUAAAGGCGUGUUUUCCUUGGGAAAGGAAACUCCUUUUUGUAUUAACUGUGGAGAUGCGUCAUUUAUCUGCGGGAUGAGACUCCGCAGAUUUGAUCCUGUCCUUCCUUGGUUAUCCAUUUGCUCACCACUUCGGCAAUUUUGAAAGGUUUAUCUUUUGCCAAGGGGCGAUUACAUUGGGCGCACGUUUUUUGGACCCUGUUACUCGUGUUCAAUGGGGCAGCUGCAAGUCAAUCACCCACGGCACAUUCCUGACCCGCAGCCUCCAGUCCUGAUUUAAAGUCACUGCGGUUAAUGUAUCUGAAUUGCAAUCUGAAUUGGCCCCGUUGAGAUCUGGGGAUUAUUUUGACGCUAAUUCCAUGUUUUAUUUCGUUCUUCCUUCGUGAGCUAGUGUUGGAAGGCAUGAAAUUGGAUAGAAUCCUUGAAAUUGGAGACCCCAUCGUCUGUGUUCCCUGUAAUAUUCCUUUGCAAUGUUAUGACUGUCAGUUAAGAAAGAUUUCUGAUCCAGCGUUAUAGGAACACAUGCACUUCAAAGCCAAAGCCCUGUAAUGCCUUACACACCUCGGCCCAGGGCAAGUUCAAUCAUUUUCGAGGAGUUCACUUCACUGAAGCAUCUCCUGCUCUGGGCCAGGCAGGACUCUUUGUGGUUUCAUAGCCAGUGGACACCGACAGGUCAGGGUGGCAGGGAGGGAAAGGGGCAAUCCUCUUAGGUGAGGUUGCAGGGACUGGCUGGCAUGAACUAGUGAGUUAGUACAACAGAGGAGGACAAAGCUGGUAGAAUCAAUUGUGCGAUGGCUCUUGUGUUCUCGCUUGCACAAAAUGCCUUUCCUUACAAACAGUCCAAUAGAGUAUUGGCAUAUCCCGAUCCUCAAUUAGCAAGUGUACUAGAACGUGGACUUUCAAAAUGGCGCCUCUUGCAUGCAGGCUCAGUAUGUAGCAAGUGUACAGAAAUAGUCCACUAAGUUCACAUGCAAGAGGCCAGCGCCAUGUUCAAAGUCCACGCUCUGGUUCUUAUGAGCGGGGCCUGUUCCAGGCGAGCCCCAGGCUGUUGCAGGGCCUCCAGCCGUCUCCUUCAUUGGACUCCCUGUCCCUCUCCUCACCCGUCCACCUUUGUUCCCGGGGGGGGGGAUGCCUAUAUGGGCUCCUGAAAGCAGGAACACAUCCAUAUCUGCACUUGGCCUCCCUCUUUCCUAGUUUAUCUCAUGUGUGUACAUAGAUCAGGCAUGAUUGAAUGGCAGAGUACACUUCAUGGGCCGAAUGGCCUAAUUCUGCUCCUAUCACUUAUGGGGCUCGAACACCUUUUCACUCCUUGUUUCCGGCCUGUUCUUGAGCCCGUUAUGCUGCUAUAACACAGAGUUUGCCUUAGGCCCGAGUUGGCCAAAACCUUGUUCUCUCUCUUUAACUGACUUUGCAGCAGGUGUAGCUGGCUUUCUCCAGCGGGUUACAAGUCCCGUCAAAAUGCAACAUGAUGACCUUUGCAAUCAGUUUGUCAGUGUCCCUAAAUCUCCCAAUGCCUCCAGAGUGUAGAUUCUAGAGUGGGCCCGGCAAUGCUUCACUGACUGAAGUGCUCGAAACCUGGUGUAGAAACAAAGAAACAUAGACAAUAGGUGCAGGAGUUGGCCAUUCGGCCCCCAGUCAGUGUGAUCAUGGCUGAUCAUCCACAAUCAGUACCCCGUUCCUGCUUUCCCCCCAUAUCCCUUGAUUCCGUUAGCCCUAAGAGCUAAAUCUAACUCUCUCUUGAAAACAUCCAAUGAAUCGGCCUCCACUGCCUUCUGUGGCAGAGAAUUCCACAAAUUCACAACUCUCUGGGUGAAGAGGUUUUUCCUCAUCUCAGUCCUAAAUGGGCCUACACCUUAUUAUUCAACUGUGGUCGCUGGUUCUGGACUCCCCCAACAUGGGGAACAUUUUUCCAGCAUCAAGCCUGUCCAAUGCCUUAAGAAUUUUAUAUGUUUCUAUAAGAUCCCCUAAAUUCCAGUGAAUACAAGCCCAGUCGACCCAUUCUUUCAUCAUAUGUCAGUCCUGCCAUCCCUGGAAUUAACCUGGUGAACCUACGCUGCACUCCCUCAAUAACUGUGAAAGCAGUUUUAUUUAUUGGAAUGCAUUUUUUCUUAAAUUAUGUUCGUAAACAUUGCUGUCCAAAGACUACACAAUUAUUUAAAGCAGGAUCUUUUGCUAUGGUUUCAAAGUAAUUCAUUGGUCUUUCAUUUUCCAAUGCGCUACUAAUCCGUAGAGCAAAAUUAGUUUGAACGCCGGUAGAAAAUGUCAAUAUAUAUUACUUCUUCUGCACCCCCAAGAAUGACUCGGAUCUGCCAGUGAUGUCCUGGAUUGCAUCACUGGUUCGGUUCAGUGGGAGGGAACUAUGAGGAGGGAAUGACACAAAGUGCUGGAGUAACUCAGCGGGACAGGCAGCAUCUCUGGAGAGAAGGAAUGAGUGACAUUUCCGAUCGGGGGGCAGCACGAUGGCACAGUAAUGUCGCCCUUGUGCAAGGAAUAGAUGAGUAAGUGGGAUAACAUCGUGUGAAAGGGUGAUCGAUGGUCGGCGUGGACAAAGAAGCGUCUGAAGAGGGGUCUCAACCUGAAACGUCACCCAUUCCUUCUCUCCAGAGACGCUGCCUGUCCCGCUGAGUUACCCCUGCACUUUGUGUUUCUCUUCGGUUUAACAGCAUCUGCAGUUCCUUCCCACACAUGAGGAUAGAAUGGAUUUGCAGUAAAUUAAAACCACCAGUGGUAGUUAAGGAAAAGGUAAGCUAUGGACUUGGGGAAAAUAGUCUUCAAAAUAAUCCAUACCUUGUACAAAUCCAUAACGCUGCCUCUGUAUUUUUCUUGCCUUUUUUCCAUGUAUUCCGUAUGAAGUAUUUAGUUUGUAUUUUAACCAUUCCAAUUCAUUCCAAAUCCUACAAUCUUGUAGCUGACUGUAUCUUUUCAUACAUGUGUGUAAAAAAAAGUUCAAUUAUCUCCAAUUUUCAAUGUUAUUUUAAUAAUCUGUUUUAAAACAAAUCUAUGCCAAAGUUGAGCCUUUCCGUCUCUUCAGCAAUUCUGUAUAUAUUAUUCUUAAUAAUUAUUAUAAAUCCA